AUGGCUAUGGCAAGCUCCAGUGAUGGCCAGUCAGUUCAAGACUGGGAUGGCAAUUGGGAGGGGUGGCAGUGGCAGUGGCAGGCAACUGCCUCUGGUCAUUGGACAAAGGUGUGGACCAAGACUAAGGAGGCUGAGAAGGAUGUCGCUGAUAAAGAGCCAGAGUCAGAGGGAGAGGUAGAUAUCCCUAUGGAGCCAGCAGACACUGAUGGCACAGAGUCUGAAACCAGCUCCAAAGACUCAGGGCACCAAGACCUCAGGGACAUUGAGGACCUGAACAGCUACCAGUUGUCCAGAGACUUGUUCUGGGAGGCUGAGAAGAGAGUGAGGUACACCAGUGUGGGCCUAACCCCCUAUGAGAUUCACUGCUUGAUGGGAGACCUGCAUGAGGAGUAUGCACACCAUGGUAAGAAGGUGGUGUCAUUGUUUGGCAAACCCAAGGGGGCUGGCCAAGCAGUGAAGGCCUUGCUGAACUUGUUUAGGAAGCAACAUGAUUGGGGCCAAGGGGAGAUGGUGAAAGUUGACACAAUCCACUUUUCUGUCCUGAAGCACCAGUUGGUGGUGGCAUGGUCCCAAUUAUAUGAUGACAUGGAAGGAAUGAGGCUGAAGUUGAACCAUCCAGAAAAGGGUGUGGUGUGUGAUUGUUUCCCUGCCACAGCCUUGAUGCCCAUGCUGUGCAUCCAUUCCAAGUUCACCAGAGUCCAGAUGAAGGGUGGAUUUGAGCCCAACAUCAUGGAGACCUUGUGCCCCACCUGCUCUUGGUGCAUCAGAUGUGGCAAGUGGCUUGGCUGCACAUCCACUGGGUGGUUCUGCAAAGUUGCUAUGGCCAAGAGCAAGGGCAACUUGGCUGCCUACAAGGCUGUUUCUGAGAAGGAGCAGCAUGUGGCUGAGGGCCAGUUGGCUGCACCAGCCCUUUCAGAGUGCAUUGAGGUGGUUGCACCUGGGGAAGCUGGCCAGACAGGCCAGAAGGCAUUCACUUUGCCAUAUGGUGUGUGCACUUUGCCAGACUUACAGCAAAGGGCCUACAUCAACAAAGAUGGCAAAGCUGAAUGGGUUUGGGCCAGGGUGCACAGCUACUGCCAGAUCCAGAAGGAACCUGGCAGAAUGCUGAUGCACAGCAAAGAUGCACUCCUGAAAGAGCUGGGAGAGCUUCAGGUGCCUGAGGCUGGCCUCCAUUACAGGGGCAUGGACACACCAGCUGGUGAGUCUGACUGGAAGGACCACACUUUGGAAUCCUCAACUUUGCUUGGGGCCUUGGUGUACCUCUCCAAAUUGAGACAACUGAAGGAAAAUGCAAAAGUCAAAGCCAUGAAGCUCCUGUUGGAGCUGGCAGGGAAAGCCUUGCCAUUUGCCAACCUACAGCAGCCAGUGCCUGCCAUGCUCCAAAGGCCUACUGGCCCCAUGGCAAGUGCCCAGCUCUUCUUCACACCCCAGGGCCUGACACAGGAUUGGGGCAAGUUGCUGGCACUGUCACCAGGGGGUGCUGAGCUGUGGAAAAGGCUUGGAACCAGGACUUGCCUGAAUAGAUGCAUUGCAUCUUCCUUGGAAAAUGCAACAUUCCAAGAUAUCCUCUUCUUCAAUGCCUACCUCAUGUGCCACCCCAAGGUGAAAGGAAGGGGCCAACUGCUCUGGACUGCAAUUGGUUCCACUACCUUGCCUGAGCUGGUCUUCCACCUAGGCACCUGGCUGGAUGCCCUUGCUUUGGCCAUGAAGGAGGAGCCACUUCAGAUGCUCCCCAUUCUGAAGACCAAAGAAGGCAAUGCCAGGCUGCUGGCAGAUCCAGUGAACCGCAUGCUGCUUCUGUGGAAGCUUAGGAGAAGCAAGCAGCAUAGGUUGGAGAUAGCUGGCACACAUGGUGAUCUGGGUGGCAACACCAUCAGAAUGAUGAGGUAUGAAGCAUAUCUGGAUUGCCUUUUGCACAGCAAGGCCCUUGAGUAUGCUUUCAGUGGCUACAAGCAAGUCUGUGUCUCCUGGGACCCCAGCUCCUAUGGUGGCAAAGACAUUUUCAUUGGAUGCUUGUAUGUGCCACAGUGCAACCAAGCUGCAUACCUCAUGAGCCAGCAUUUGGGUGCCACCUACCUUGGAGAAUUGGAUGGGUCAUUGCUUGAGCUGGGCCAAGCCAGAAAACUCACCAGACUUGAGGGCUACAGGGAGGUCAAAGGCCUAAGCUCAUCACUGGAAGGUGUGGGGCUGUCCUUGAAGGAUUUCUUUGUGCCUGAAGGACUGGUGCUCAGGCCUUUGGCUCCCCAUGAGCUCAGGAUUCAAGGUCCAGGUGGGAGAUGGUACAUCCAAAAUGAAAAGACUGGAGAGACCAAACCUGAAGCCCCAGAGGACUUUGAUUUUGGGGCUCUUCCUGCUCUCAUCUCCAUUUCAGACCAAGGGCCAGCAAACACAGCUGCACUCAACUACUUGAUGUUUAGCUCCAAGGCUUUGCUUCUGUGGUCCCUAUGGGACCCUUAUCACAGAGCUUGGAACGACCUCAAGUUGGCCCUCAAGCGCUGUGCUGGUGAUGGGUGGAGAACAGUGCUAGAACUCACCCUGGUUGCCAAUAUGAACUAUGGCCCAUUUGGAAGUGGCAGUUGGUUUUUCAAAAAGAAAGCCAAAUUGCAAGACUUCCUGAUGACCAGGGAUGUGAACAGUCCUGCCUGGAACAACUUCCAGCAUCUUAUUUGUCAAGAAAGAAGGGUUUCUGAACCCAGCAAUCUGGAAGAAGCACAGGAACUGUUCACUGAGAUGGCUAGCCUGCAAUCCUUCAACACCAAAGGCCCAUUGGUGAAGCUCAUGCGCUGGUUCUCAUUUUUCGAGUCAAUGGCAUUCCUGGAUGGUGAGUUUUAUAUGACUAAACUCAUCCUUCUCCAUGCUGCUGAGAAAGCAGAUGCUGGCUCAGAGGCAGAGAUUGAUGAGGGCUUGCCACAGGAAAAAGACCACAAGAAGGAGCUUGCAGAGCUGAAAAAACGCAAGGGCACAUGGAGGUUAGCCCCAAGCCUCAUCAAUGGCAAAUCCCUUUGCAUGAAGGACUGCAUCAUGGCCUGUGGGAAGGCAAUAUGGCAGAACUUCUCUGAGAGAGCAAGGGAGGCUUGCUCCCCCAUGCAGGUGAAGGAGCUGAACAUAGCAUGUGCUCAGAGCAGGUUCUGGGCUUGUGAGCUCUUGGACAUGUUGGAAUCUUCUUUGGAGGAGGAGAAAUGCCUGAAGCACCUCUUUCCAGAAUUCCAAGGGCAUGAAAGUGCCAUGACCUGGCAUUGUGACCUCUUGGCAAAGCUCCUGGAGACCAGGGCAAUGAGCUUGGCUGUCUUCUACCUGAUGCCACCCAGCCUCUACUGCCACCUGCUGUCCUAUGACCCUGAGGUGUCCAGGGAAGCACAUGACUUGGCGCGGAAGCAUUGGGGCAUGUUGCUAGCAGCUGAGGAGGCCCAUGCUGCUGGUGCAACAGUCAAGCCUUUGUCCAGCAUCUACUGGAGGUUCAGCCCACUCAUCAGGGCUUUGUUCAUGGCUUUUGAGGAAGAUGCCCGCAAGUGCCUAGUGUACACCACACAAAGUCAAGCCAUGAGAUUGCAGCUGCUCUUCACUCAGCACCUGGGAGAUUCCAGGCUGAUUGAGAACAUUCACCAACAUGGAAGAGAUCUUUGCAGGGCCAGCAAAUCCAAUUCCAUGUCGAAUGUGAGCAUUAUGGCCAAUGUCUUGAGAUGUGGUGUACUGGAGGGCAGGAAAGUCCCUAUGGUUGCUGCCAAGGAGAUCAUGAAGGCAACUGGCAUGGCCUGGCAUUCCAAGAACAAGGAGCCUGUGGUUCAAAAGUUGAGAACUCAUGGGAAGAAGCUGCCUGUGGAAUUGCAGCAGAUGAUGGCACCCAACAAAAAGGGCAAUGAGCAGUGGCCAUCUCCAAGCCCUGGCUCUUUGUUUCAAAGCUGUUGCUCCACAGACUGGCUCUUCCAUUACUUCUCAGACCAAGCUGCCACAGAUGCAGAUGUCAAUUCUGCAUGGCUUUGUUGCCUUGCCAGGCCAGGGGCCAUCUUGGCACAACAAUCCACUUCAUCAGUGGUCAUGGUCAUUGCUUCUGCAGAGUACAGCUUCUUGGGUGUGGCCAUGGAGGCCAAAGUGGGCUUGACAUUGGAAAGGACCUUCCACUGUGUUGUGAGGCGGGAUUCCAUUGGCUUCCACCACAUCACAGACUUGGAUGAUUGGUUGGAGUUGCAGGUGGAGCCUUGCCUCACCACAGCAGGAGGAACUAGGGGCCCCAUUGGUUGGCGGAAGAUUGCUGAGCCUCUCACCUUGGAUGCAGCUGCUUUGCUGAAAGGCAUCACCUUGACAUUUCUGCAGCUCAAGGAUUUGGUUGUGGCAUUGGGGGGCUCCAAGAAAGGCAUAGCUUCCAAGAAGGCUGCCAUAGAGCUCCUCAUCACCAUGGCCUUUGCUGCUGACAAAGUGGAAGAGGUGAAGGCAAUGUAUGCUGCUGAAGAGGAAGCCAGGGGUGAUGAGCAGAUGGACUCUGAUCUCUCUGAAUUGGUCUCUGAGCUUGGGCAAGAUGAUGCCAACACCCAAGACCUCAAAGACUUGAAGGAGAAGAAGCAGGCCUACAGACAAAAGAAAGCCCUCAAGAAGGCAGAGCAGCAGGUGCUGCUGCAGGGCAAGGAGAAGUCCAGGAAGGGCAGGGGCAAGGGCAAAGGAAAGGCCAAAGGAAAGGCCAAAGCCAAAGGAAAGGCACAGGCUAAGCCCAAGGAGGAAAAGCCCGAAACCUUCUUGGAAAGUGUCAUCAGGAGGGCCAAAAAGCUGGCUGCACAAAGGGACCAAGGAGCAAUGGCUGAGAUUGUCAAGCAGGAAAGGCAUGUGGAAAUGGAGGUGGCAAAGGAGAUGACUGAUGAUCCAGAACAGGUGAGAAAGGCUAAGGCUGCUCCUGCUGAGGAGGCUGAUGUUGACAUGAAUGAUCUAUUUGGAGAUGCUGUGCCAGAAGGCCCUGAUGCAGGUGCAGCACCUUCUUCUUCGUCUGGGCCUCAUCAAAGGGCCCCAAAGACUUACAAGUCACCUGAUGACAUCUUGGGCCUCCUGAACCCACCAGGCUGCAAAUUCACCUUGAGUGGCAUGGACCACAGGUUCAAGUCUGAGUGGGAGGAUGACCUCCCUGAACUGGAUCAUCCAUACAGCCAAAAGAGAUUCUCUGCAUCCUUUGCUAAAAGAAGAACUUGGCAGGAUGCCCUGAGCCUUGUGCAUGAGCGAAAUUGGCAGAAAUGGAACCUUGUGAAAGAUGAGUAUCUGCUGGGUGAAGGUGAGGAGCCACAGAAGCCUGGUGUGAUUCCACAGGAAUUGCAAGAUCUUUUGCAGGUGGAAAUUGCCAAGCUUGGGAAGCCAAAAACUUAUGCCAAGGGUGCUGCUGAAGUAGAUGACACCCAGAUGGCAGAGUGA